AUGUAUGUUGGUGUUUUCAGUUUCCUGACCACUGCUCCUAACCUGGGCAUACAGCUACCAGCUGUUCCAAUCAUUGGCUCCAUCCAGGCAGAUUUUUCUGAUGUUAAAUGGUAUGAACAAGCUUUGACCAGUGACUGGACUGAGAUCACCUAAACUCAAUCAGCUUGUCACUGGCAGGAUUCCAAGGCUGUCCAGCCUGAGUAACUCCUCCGGUUUGAGAUGGCCAGCGAUAAGAAUGGGGGCAGCCGGUCGAGCACCAGUAGCAGCCGCCUGCAGAGCAAGAAGCCCCCUGACCUCUCCAUAACAAUUCCACCGGUGGAGCCAGAGGAGGAAAGAAGCCUGAAACUGCCUCUGAAAAACCCAGUGUAUCAAAAGAGCGUGAGCCUCCAGGAGCCCCAAGGGAAAAGGGAUGAGCACACCUUGGAGCAACGUCCUGGCUUCCGCAGACAGACCUCCCUGUCUCAGAGCAUCCGCAGGGGCACGGCCCAGUGGUUUGGAGUGAGCAGCGACUGGGAUGGGAAGCGGCAGCACUGGCAACGCAAGAGCCUGCAGCACUGCAGCUUGCGCUAUGGCAAGCUCAAGGCCCCCUACCGCGACAUGGAGCUACCCAGCCAGGAGACACCUUCCUUCCAAGGCAUUGAGUCGCCGAAGCCCAGGAUGCCCAAGAUCGUCGACCCGUUGGCCAGAGGCCGCCCGUUCCGGCACCCUGAUGAAGUCGAUCGUCCUCGGACCCCUCACCCCGUUCUACCACCCCAGACACCUGGAGUCAUCUCCCUCACCUCCUUCACCAGCGUGCGGUCGGGUUACACCCGUCUGCCCCGAAGGAAGAGGGAGUCUGUCGCGCACAUGAGUUUCAGAGCGGCUGCGGCUAUCCUCCGAGGACGUUCAGUUUUGGAGCACUCCACCCUGAAACGAAGAGGCAACAAGCGGAGCUUCCCAUAUCCCAGCCUCCUGGAUGAGGACAUGGUGGAUGCUGCAGAUACGCUGGACUCCUCGUUCUUCAGUAAGAUCGGCCCGCACGAGGAGAUGUAUUCCAUGCCGGACGAUGUGUUCGAGUCGCCUCCGCUCUCAGCUGCUGGCUUCCAAGCGGCUCCGCACCUGGAUGAAGCCCAGCCCUCCGCGGUGCAGAAGCCUGUCUUGGUGGAAGGUGCUGUUGCCUUGGGUCCUGCCAUCCCCGGCCCCAAGAGAGGCAAGCGCAUCGCUUCCCAAGUGAGGCACUUUGCCUUCGACCGCAAGAAGCGAUACUACGGGCUGGGGGUGGUAGGCAAGUGGCUGAACCGGACGUACCGCCGGAGCAUCAGCAGCGUGGUCCAGUCGCAGCUGGAGAACACAGACAGUCACAGGCCGUAUUUCACCUAUUGGCUCACCUUUGUCCAUCUCCUCAUUACCCUGCUGGUUAUCUGCACCUAUGGGAUCGCGCCCAUGGGCUUUGCCCAGCACGUGACAACAGAGUUAGUGCUGAGGAACAAAGGGGUCUAUGAGAGCGUGAAGUACAUUCAGCAAGAGAACUUCUGGAUUGGGCCAGGCUCGAUUGACCUGAUCCACCUGGGAGCCAAGUUCUCCCCUUGCAUGCGCAAGGACCAGCAGGUCGAGAAGCUCAUUCAAAAGGAGAGGGACCAGGAGCGCAACUCGGGCUGCUGCGUCCAAAAUGACAACUCGGGCUGCAUCCAGACUCAGCGAAAAGACUGUUCGGAGACUUUAGCAACUUUUGCAAAAUGGCCGGACUCCAACGCCCCGAACUUCAGCAAUUCCAGCGGGAAGCGAACAUCCGGAGCAGUGUGCCAGCAGGAUCCCAGGACAUGUGAGGAGCCAGCCUCCACCCCCCCUCAUGUCUGGCCAGAUGACAUUACCAAGUGGCCGAUUUGCACCUUUCAAGCCAAAACCAACCAUACUGGCUUUUUGCACAUGGACUGUGAUAUCAAAGGGAGACCGUGCUGUAUCGGUACCAAAGGCAGCUGUGAGAUUACCACGAGGGAGUACUGCGAGUUCAUGCAUGGCUACUUCCACGAGGAGGCCACUCUCUGCUCGCAGGUCCAUUGCUUGGAUGAUGUGUGUGGCCUCCUGCCAUUUCUGAACCCGGAAUUCCCCGACCAGAUCUACAGACUCUGGCUGUCCCUCUUCCUUCAUGCUGGGAUUAUUCACUGUCUCGUGUCAGUGAUCUUCCAGAUGACCAUCCUCAGGGAUUUGGAGAAGCUGGCAGGCUGGCACAGGAUAUCGAUCAUCUUCCUGCUCAGUGGCAUCACUGGCAACCUGGCUAGUGCCAUCUUCCUUCCAUACAGGGCUGAGGUCGGCCCUGCUGGAUCACAGUUUGGCUUGCUGGCCUGCCUCUUUGUGGAGCUCUUCCAGAGUUGGCAGAUCCUGGAGAAGCCCUGGAAAGCUUUCCUGAACCUCUUUGGGAUUGUCCUCUUUCUGUUUGUGUGUGGCCUCUUGCCUUGGAUAGACAACAUCGCCCACAUCUUCGGCUUCCUCAGCGGCCUCCUGCUGUCCUUCGCCUUCCUUCCCUACAUCACCUUCGGCACCGUGGACAAGUACCGCAAGCGGGUCAUGAUCAUCGUCUCCCUGCUGGUCUUUGUGGGUCUCUUUGCCUCCCUGGUGGUGUGGCUCUACGUCUACCCCAUCAACUGGCACUGGAUCGAGUAUCUCACCUGCCUGCCCUUCACUAGCAAGUUUUGUGAGAAGUACGACCUGGACCAGGUUUUGCAUUGACCCCAGCCUGGAGACCGGGCAGGAGGGGGCAGAGAUUCGAACAUGGCAAGUUGGCACCAGGUGGCUUUUCUCAGUGACUGGAAAAUUGACUUCAAAUCAUGGUGGGGCGGAUGUUGCUAUUGACUGCCCCAGUCUCCUGGCCUGCCAUCUAAAGCCAUGCGGGAUGUUCACUCAGGGCAAGGCCUGCCUCAGAGCCCCGUCUGUCCCUUAGCACUGUUGCCGGGUGCUGGGCAAGUGGUGGUGUUUUGGGGGUGCUGCGCUGGCAGGUCACUACUGGAUGUGGGGAGAAUUGGAGAUGAACUGACCUGGGCUGCACUCGGCAGUGGGGCCAGAUCUGUUGGGGGAGACGGGUCUGUCACCCCGCAUAGAAAAGCCAUAAUCCUCGGCUCCAGGUGUCACCCUGGGAGCCCAGCAGCUGCUUUGCCUAGGAAAGGCUUGAUCCAAAUGGGAACAUGGGAGAUUUUGGUGCUUUUGUUCUGUGCUGGGACAAGGCCUCUAGCCUGGGCCGUGCGGAGGGGAUGACUCCACACAGCAACGUAUGUUCAGAACCACCCUCCCCAGCAUCUCUGCCUCUUGCGCUCAGACACUCCUUUCCCAGUGGGGCUGCAGGGCCCUUUCUCAGGGGAUGGAAACCCCAAGAACGAGGCAUUUCAGAGUGUGCCUUGAACACACCUGUUGAUCUCAGUCUGCCUGGUUCCCUGCUGUCACUGUCGAUGGCCUCUGACCUGACCUGACCUGACCUGUACCGCCCUUUCUUCCUUGUGCCUAAUGAUGUGAGACAGGGCUUCAUGCCCUGUAGCCUUCUCCCCGUCUCGGUGCCUUGUGGGUACUAUGAAUCGUACUGUGAAAACCAGCCCUUGCUCUAGGGUGCGCUUCGAUAUUUCUUACCUCCCUAAGGCUCUAGUGGAAAACACUAGUCCUCAGCCAUCACUCCAAACUCAAUGCUCGCUGGUAAGAGUCCUCCAGUGCUCACUGGAAGCCCAGGCCUUGUUCUAGUAGCUCUGGGCAGUGAAUGCUGUUGCCUAGGUCAGUGGAAACUGACUGUUUUAAUGACACUGAUGCAGAGUCUGAUUUCCAAUAUGGUGCAUAGGCCCUGACUCAAAUUGAGCUGGGCUUUGCUGUGAAAACCACUCCAUGGAAAUCAGUCUCUGCAUAUUUCAGGUGCCAGUUCGGCCCAAGGGUGAUGGAUUUAGACCCCUACUGACACAUUGUGGCGUGUUUGUCCCAAUAUCCAUCACUAAAGUAUCCCAGACUUUUCUGUUUGAUCUUUAAAAGCGUGAAGGCCCCUCUUUAAAACAAUUGGCUCCUGCAAGCUGCAAGGAAUUGGAGUCGAGUUUUCUCUUGUAAGCACAGAAGCUGGGCCUGCCUCCAUCUGUCUUGUUACUGGAAUCUGCAUUCCUAGCUAGGCUGACCAGGAAACUGUCAUAAAGAUGAACUAGCAAAGUAACACGCCACUGACAAUUCUGGGUCAAUGUUUGUGCAUCUGCUGCAGAAGGCCGAUGAAGGGGGACUGGGUUAGUCAGCAGCUGUUACAACUCCACCUUGCUUUGGACCCCCGGGUCUCCUGAAUUCUCUCAGGAGAUGGCUGUCAGAGGGGAUUCUUCACAUUUGACAAGGCCAGACUCCCCCACUGCCUUUCAUUUUAAACCAAUCGGGCUAGUAUUGGGGUGAAUGAGUAACUGCUGGCUAUCCUUUGAAAUCAUGAGCUGGGAGAAUGGACCAAAAAGCACCCAGGGAGACACCAAAUCUCAGUUUCUUCCUUAUCUCCUAGGGCUUCAGUACAAUAACUCUCCAGUUAGUAACAGCGUGGCAGAGACUGUCCUGUAUGGUUUGAUAUGUUCCUGUAUAUUAACUUGGCUGUUCAACUUUUAACAAGUACCCAAACUUUAAUUCUCUUGUAACUAGGAGAUGUCAUGUUAGAGAGAGAGAGAGAGAGAGAGAACAAUUAAGCUACAUGGUGUUUGGACCACGUAGCACUGGGCUUUUGCAGUUGCUGCGUUCCUGGCUGGGAUCUUUUCAAGAAGCAAGUAUAUGUUCAUAAGUUCUCAAUAAAUUUAAAGUGAAUUCACCCAUGAGCAGAAGUGGGAAGUGCCUAGCACUUCGGCAGUGUUAAGAGUCUGCUCCCAGGAAGACGAAGGCUCUCACUUUGACACCCUUAGUUCUGACACAACAGAUAAUAUUCAGGUCGGGGGGGUGCAAUAUGUGUGCUCUGCAGUGCUGGCUUCCAGCCCUGUGCGUGGUGGGCAUCACACACCCGCCUGGCUGGGCCACUCUGCUGUGCAGUGCAUAGCAGCUGCCCCCUCAUGCGGAGAGGGGGGCUGUGGGUGGAUCAGCGAUAAAGCCCUACUGCUGGCCAUGCUCUACUUCCUCAGUGGCUGGGAAGGGCUAUCGGUUGAAGCGUGAAGAACGAAUGCCUGGCGUUGCUGUCCUCCCUGCCUCAGUCAGGCAGCACGGGGCAUCAGUGUGUUGCUCUAAGCACCCAAAGGCUCGUCUGACUUGUGAUCAGCUGUCUCUGUCUGAUGCGGGGAGGGGCCUCCUUCAGCUCAGACACUUCGAACAAUCAAACCACUUUGUUUCACUUGUGCACGUGGAACCUGGCCUCACCCCAUGUUGGUGAAAAGAGUCCGUGUUCCCAGUGCACGUGGGCUGGGGGGUGGCUGUGUAUUGUCUGAGCAUCAGUACUGCUUCUAGGCCCAUGCUCCUCCUCCUCUCUCACUCUUGCUGUUUUAUCCCAGGGCUGGAGCUCUACCAUGUUGUGCCUGAAGCUUUUAAAUACGGUAUCUGAUAAAUGUGUCUAUGUCAGAAGCGCUCAGAGCCUGGUUUCCAUGCUCAGUCACUGCUGGUGGGCAGGUUACACUAGGUGGGGGUAGUGUGAACUCUUGCACACUUGUUUUGUGUCCAGUGGGGGAGGGAGGACGGAAUAAAUAGUCAUGGUGGACUCUAAACCCGAAGCAUCAACAAAAUGAUGGUGAAAUACAGGUUGUCUAACUCUUCUUAAUAA